UUUCCAUACUUUUAAUUUAAAAAUUGAGUUUCGUUUAAAGUUUAAUAGAAAUUGCAUAUGCCAUUCUUAUUUUGUGAUAAAAACGUAAGGUGAUAAAUUCAUUUGCAAUCAAAGGCACUGCUUUCUUCUUUAAAAAGUGGAUUCCGUGGACAACCGUCGCAGUGCGUAUCGCGUGCCACAUCUGUAGUGCCACGCCCAUACCUGCCACCACGUGGCAAGUUGUCCAAGGGACUGCUGCCGCAACACACCUCGGCCUAGCUGUUGAAGUUUAAAAGGCGCAGAAACAAGAUGACCACAAGGGUCGGCCGUGCAUCGUGUGCCAUGGUGAUCACAGAGUGUACGACUGCCCAGCCUUUAAAAAGAUGUCAGUCGACGAGCGCUGGUCGCAGGCGUCACGUCUAAAGCUGUGCCAUGUCUGCCUCCGACCGGACCAUGAGACCCGUCAGUGCAAGCUGAACGGUUGCCGGGUAUGUAAGAGACGUCACAAUACAUACUUACACACCACACAAACACUCAACACUUCUCCACCUGGAGCCAGCACGGAACAAACAGCCGAACCUGCAAAUAGUGCUAGGUCGGAUGUGGCUUGCUCCUCGACUAUGCUAACCUCUGACAGUGCAGCGGUGCAAAACACCCUCACUGCUAGCACUUUAAUUAGCACUAGCGAGUCAUUGCUCUCAACAGCUCUAAUUGAAGUGAUCAACCCUAUUAACAACAAAAAGGAGACAGUUAAAUGUCUUGUAGACAGUUGUUCACAGUCUAAUUAUCUAUCUCAUAAUUUGAGACAAAAACUAAAUCUUGAGUGUCAGCCUCUAACUGCCUCAAAUGUGACAGGAAUAGGAAAUACGCCUCUGACCUAUCAACCUGUGCUUUGUGCAGCUCAUAUUCAAUCUAAACUCAGUGAUUUUAAUGCCAAAAUUGACUUUCUAGUUUUAGAUCAAGUAACUAGUCGCUUUCCACAAAACUAUGUAGACAUUAGUCACCUUAACUUACCUGCCUCUGUGCAGCUUGCUGACCCAACAUUUAACGUUCCAUCCCAAAUAGACAUGCUGUUGGGAGUGGAAAUGUUUUGGACUAUUGUGACAGGUGCAGCAAAAAGAUUGCCAACGAGCAAGCGCACCUUCCUAAUCCCAUCUAAACUAGGGUGGUUAAUAGCGGGACCGGUAGAGGGAGCCUCGGCUCACUUACAUACAGGGAACACGCGCAGCCACCUCUGUCUGUCUGAUCUGUCGGCCCAAAUGACCAAAUUUUGGGAGACAGAGGAGCUACCGUCUGAAACGGACUCCAUUAAAAAUGGGAGUGAGUUCGAGUCUCACCCUAUAAACCAACACUUUGUUGAAAACACUUACCGCCAAUCUGACGGCAGAUUCGUUGUGCGCUUGCCUUUAAAGGACUCGCCGGACUGCUUAGGCAACUCAUUUAACAUAGCUAAAAAGCGUUUAUUCAGUUUAGAGAAACGUUUUAGUAACCAACCUGAAUUAAAAUCAAUGUAUGUUGAUUUCAUAAAUGAAUAUAGAGACUUAGGGCAUCUGUCGGAGUCUGAGCGAUGUUACAAAGCUAAUCACCUCCCGCAUCACCCCGUGAUGAAGGAGAGUGAAUCUACACGCAUGCGCACAGUCUUUCACGCUAGCUGUCCCACCUCUUCUGGGUAUUCAAUAAAUGAUAUUCAGCUUGUAGGUCCUAACAUACAAAGCCCACUGUUUGACAUAUUGCUUAGAUUCCGACAGUACAAGUAUGUGCUAUCUGGUGACAUAGAAAAACAGUACAGGCAAAUAAUGAUGAAUGAAAUAGAUAGAAACCUACAAGUUAUUCUAUGGCGCGAAGAUGAGCACUUACCCAUACGCUCACUAACUUUAAAUACCGUUACGUACGGCUUUGCUUCAUCGAGCUGGCUAGCAGCACGCUGUUUGUGGCAGUUAGGGGCUGAAAGCAAGGAUCCUUUAGUUAGGACUAUUAUACAAAAUGACUUUUACUGUGAUGACUUAUUAACAGGCGCAGACUCUGAAAUAGAGCUGCUUCGUAUACAAGCAGGUGUCUCACAGGCCUUAGCCUCUGGUUGUUUCAAUUUACGUAAAUACCGCUCGAAUUCUAACGCGCUAUUAAAGUCGGAUUAUAUUAAUAAAGAUGAUCACUUAGCAUUGAGUCAAGCUUGCCAAACACUUGGACUAGGGUGGCAACCUAGCCAAGAUGUACUAAACUUUUCCAUUAAAAAUGAUCAUUCUGAUAAAAUAGUUACAAAAAGAAAAAUCUUAUCUGAAACGUUCCAAGUCUUUGAUCCAUUAGGACUCUUAAGUCUAUGCACAGUUAAAGCUAAAAUAUUAAUUCAAACCUUAUGGAAAGAAGGCAAAGCUUGGGACGAGCCAGUGUCUCCUGAAAUACAGCAUAUCUGGUCAAAAUUCAUUAAAAACUUACAUCACAUUAAAUCACUUAGCAUACCUAGAUAUGUAUUAUGUGAGGCAACCUGCACAAUAGAGUUACACUGUUUUUCUGACGCUGCGGAGACUGCAUAUGCAGCCUGCAUUUAUGUUAAAUCUAUUUCUGAAUCCGGUGAACAGAAAGUACAUUUGCUGUGUGCGAGGGACAGAAUUGCUCCAAUCCGUCGCACAUCUAUUCCUAGACUUGAAUUGGCCGGGUGCUUGUUAGCAGCCCAAACAUAUGCAGCCGUAGUACGAGCCUGGAGACGUCCUGUCUCUCGCACAAUAUUCUGGACUGACUCUGGCUGCUGCUUGGCUUGGCUAAAAACAGACAGAUCAAAGCUUAAAACUUUUGUGGCCAACAGGGUAGCAGCUAUAGACAGCCUUGCUCCCGGAGCCACCUGGAGACAUGUACCUACAAAACAAAAUCCAAGUGAUCUUGCAACUCGUGGUGUGGAUCCACAACAUGUCGCAGGGACAGCUCUGUGGUGGGAAGGCCCCGAGUUUCUAUUAAAGCCUGAGAAUGAAUGGCCAGAAUUAAACGCUGUAGAUCCGGAGGUCUUACCUGAAACUAAAGUAACAUCAAUGCUCACUACUAACACAGAAACCUCAUCUAUUAUAGAUUUUGACAGAUUUUCAAAAUACACAGAACUACAACGUACUAUGGCCUAUGUGCGUCGUUUCAUAAAUAACUGUAAGCCCCGUGGGCCUAAAUUAACUGGUGCACUUUCAGCACAGGAGCUUACAGACGCAUUUAACACUCUAAUUAAACUUGCACAGCAGGAGUCAUUCUCUGCAGAGCUUGAAACGCUUCGCAAAGGUCACAGGUUGAGUCCCAAGUCACACAUACUAACCCUGGCCCCGUUCAUCGACUCUCAAGGCCUCUUGAGAGUAGGCGGGAGGCUGGAUGCUUCAGAUUGUACUUACGAUCAGAAGCAUCCAAUGUUGUUACGUGCUAAACACACACUAACUAAACUCAUCUUUACACAUGAACAUGUACGUCUCUUACAUGCCGGGCCACAGUCAUUGCUAGCCUCAGUACGAGACGAGAUAUGGCCGAUCGGAGGCAGGAAUUUGGCACGAAGCACGGCCCACAAUUGUGUCACCUGUAAACGUAUCGCUGGCCAAACUUUAAAAAAUAUAAUGGGAAAUUUACCAGCGCAACGAAUUAAGGCUGAUUUUCCAUUCACGUCAACAGCUGUAGACAUGGCAGGGCCCUAUUUAAUAACAGAUCGCCGGGGGCGUGGAUGCAAAAUCACCAAAUGUUACUUGUGUCUGUUUAUAUGCUUAAGAUAUAAAUGUGUUCAUAUAGAAGCUGUGAGCGACUUAUCUAAAGAUGCAUUUGUGCUAGCUCUACGCAGGUUUAUCGCUAGGCGCGGCAGACCUGCGGAAUUGUUUUGCGAUAAUGGCAGAAACUUUGUAGCUGCAGCUAAAGAAAUUAAUGAUUUUUUUAAGUUAUAUAAAAGUGACUUGUCUGAAUUUGCAGCUGGUCAAGGAAUUAAAUUUAAAUUCGCACCAGCUUACGCGCCAAAUUUCAACGGAUACGUCGAGGCCGGUAUAAGGAGCGCCAAAUUUCAUCUUAAAAGAGUUUUGGGUAACACCCAUCUCACCUUUGAAGAAAUUGCAUCCCUUUUUAGCCAAGUGGAGGCAAUAUUAAACAGUAGGCCUCUCUGUCCACUCUCUCCCUCCCCCUUAGACUUUACACCCCUUACUCCCGGGCACUUUCUCAUUUUUAGGCCGCUCACGUCGCUGCCGGGCCCGCCGCUCGACGACCGCAACCCGCACCGCCUGGACCGCUACCUGAGGCUGGAGCAGCUACGGCAACACUUCUGGAAGCGCUGGUCGGCCGAGUACGUGUCUCUACAACAGCAACGCUACAAAUGGCGCGAGAGGCAACGUGACCUACAACUGGGAGAAGUAGUACUCAUCAAGGAGGAGGGCUUACCGCCGUUGCUCUGGCGCAUGGGCAGAGUCGUCAAACUAUACCACGGGAAGGAUGGCGUACCUCGCGUGGCAGACAUCAAUACCGCUAGAGGGGUGAUCAAGCGUGCGCUGAACAGAAUAUGCCCGCUCUCGUCACAACAAGAAUCCUGAAAGAGAGUCUUUCAGCGCCCCGGAGUAUGUUAACGCCCUGACUGGCAACACAGACAGGAUAGCCAACCUCCGGUCACCCCGCUGAUCCAAUGAGCAGCGGCCAGAGCCUCGACCUGCCGGACCAAUAGGAAUGAAGACUGAAGCGCCGCGGUUUUCCCCCGUCGCGACACUAUAAAAGCACGGUGCGCGUCACCAGCGUCCCUUUUUUUACUAAUCGAAAUCUCUCUCUGUCGCGUGUCCUAGACAAA